AUGCAUCGACCGAGUGGGUGGCCUCCAAUGCGUCCCAGAUGCUACGGCCACUGGCCGGCAACAGGGCAGCUGUGCGCAGGUGGCUUUGCGAAAGCAGUUGCUGGACGCUCGGAAGAGGCAGUAGGUGUUGGUGGGCAUGCGUCAGCAAUGGAGUCGUGUAAAGGGGCCAGCGUGCGCGGUCACCAUGUCCUUGCAAAGGCGGAAAGGACUUGGCCAAAUUGGCACACCUUCAUCACGCGCAAAGGCGAGCUGGUGGACAUGACGGUGGUGUGCCCUGCCGACGUGGCAGCCCUGUUGCGUACUGAUGUGCAGGCGGUCCUGCGGCAGCGGUGGACGGAGCAGGAAGAGUACCGGACGCUGGCACCCGCCCCCUUGCUACAGCCUGUGGUGGCGCAGAUGGCGGCCAGGUGUUUCCCAAGGCACGCUAAUGUGCGGCUCGUGGACGAUGAACAAGCUGUCAGAGUGCAACAUCACGCCCAAGAAUAUUUGCCUGGGCUGUGGUAUUUCCAGUGUCCGCGCAUGCGAGGGUUGCGACUCCGCGGGCAACCCGAGCGGCAGCAUGUGGCGGAGCAGCAGGUCGACGAUUUGUUGUGGACGCGUGGGUUGGUGCGCGACCCCUCUGCUGAUCGGUGUUUUCAGGCGGCCAAGGAGGAUCAGUACCACUAUGGCGCAAUCGAGGGUGACGACGACCUCCUGACGGGCGGCAUCGUCUGUGAUGGGUCGAAGCUCGGCACCACCUGCUUGGCUUAG